AUGGCAAAAAUCCCCUAUGCUUCGGUUGUGGGGAGCUUGAUAUAUGCACAGAUUUGCAUGAGGCCAGACAUCAGUUUUGCAGUUGGCAUGCUUGGGCGUUACCAGAGUAACCCAGGGAUGUCUCAUUGGAAAGCAGCAAAGAGGGUAUUGCGAUAUUUGCAAGGAACUAAGGAUUACCAGCUUACCUUUAGGAGAACUGACAACUUAGAGGUAACUGGAUACUCAGACUCUGAUUUUGCCGGUUGUUCUGAUAGUAGGAAAUCUACUUCUGGAUAUGUUUUCCUACUAGCCGGUGGAGCGAUCUCAUGGAAAAGUAUGAAGCAAACUAUCACUGCUUCAUCAACAAUGGAGGCUGAGUUUGUGGCAUGCUUUGAGGCCACAGUACAUGUAUUUUUCUCAAAAAAUGAUAGGUAUUCUAAAGGUGCUAAACACAUGGAGCUCAAAUACUUAAGUGUCAAGAAGGAAGUACAGAAACAGACAGUGUCCAUAGAACAUAUUAGUACUACACUUAUGAUAGCAGACCCAUUAACAAAGGGUCUAGUAGCAAAACAGUUUAAAGAACAUGUUGACAGAAUGGGUCUUAUGAUGUAA